AUGGCAGAAACGGUAUAUCUACCCAUGGGGACGUACAAUCCAGUAGGCGAGUCGACAUUGCGUGAGAUUUUCAUCAAAACCGAUAAUUAUGUCGGCGGAAAGUAUUUCGCUGAGGUGCUCAUGGAGGUUCUUUCGGAUCUAGAAGAUUCAAAGUAUCAGCAUGCAGAACCACGUCUUUCCAUUUAUGGACGAAGCAAGGACGAAUGGGAUAAACUCGCCAAAUGGGCGAUCACCCAUGAUGUGUGGAGUCCGAAUGUGAGAUGGCUGAUACAAAUCCCUCGACUUUAUGAUAUCUACAAGUCUAAAAAUAUGGUGAAAAACUUCGACGAGCUGCUUGACAAUGUGUUCACUCCACUAUUUGAGGCCAGUACAGUACUUUUCAAAGUCGCUUCAUAA